GAAUUGAAGAAUUUCGUUUUGAAUGACGAGCAGAAGGCAGUCUACGCCAACAGAGGCAACGGAGACCAUGUCAACUUGAACAAAAUUAUCCCGAAAGACCUUGGAAAAGGCAAACUUCUCUUUGUGAAAAAGAAGCCCCCGAGAGUAAAACAGGAUGAGGGGGGAGACAAGGGGUCCAAAUUGUCUGCAGAUAGUCCGGCAGAAGGACCACAAAAGGCGAGCAAAAUAUUCAUGUUUGGAGAACUGGACAACUCUGGAUACGUCACACAAAUGUUUUACACGUCCAGCAACACGUUUGACAAGUUGCUGAUGAAUCCGAAGAACAUGCAGGGAGAGUGGCCGAAGAUAGUGUUGAAUGACUUGGUGGCCAACUGCCACAAGAUCAAGAACAACACAGAUGUGGUUAGAGGACUCAUGAAGGGGGAGACAGUGCUCUCUCUGCCCAUACAUGUGGACACUCUCAGUGAAGCCGCCAAUGCUUCUGAAAUGAGAGACAUUGACCAGAGAGUGAUCUAUGCGAUUGAGACGAUAGUGAUCGACUGGGCGAAGCAGGUGCACAAAGUGCUCAAGUUGGACAGUGGCACUCCUCUUUUGAAGGAGAAGAACAGUCCAAACCCUCUGGUCGAGAUCAAGUUCUGGAAGACAAAGUCGGUUAAACUGCGGAACAUCUACAAACAGAUAACUGAUAUGCGCGUGUCAAAAAUCACAACAAUUCUCACUAAAAUCAACAGCUGCUACCUGCCUUCAUUUCGCCAGCUGUUUGUUGACUUGUGUGCCGGUCUGAAACAGGCAGAGUCGAUAGUGAGACACCUGACUCCUUUGGAGGACCUGGUGGAGCAGUUCCUGGCGUGUGAUGCGACCGAGUUCAGUGGUCAGAUGGAGGCGAUGUUGCACCAGACAGCCGUGAUCUGGUUCAAGUGUCCCUACUACAGACCGCCCUCCCGCAUCAUAGUGUUGCUGCAAGAAGUCUGCAAUGUUGUCGCUGAAGUGAGUCGUGGCUUCCUGGACAUCAGUUCCCUGUUCACUUCUCCCGAAGUGGACGAGAGUCUGGCGAAUGUGAGCAAAGUGGUAGACCAGCUGGAGUACUUCAAACUCAUAUACGACGAGUACAGAGAAGUCUAUAUUCCGGAGAUGACAGCGCUAGCAGGUAAGGAGAGGAAGAUGUCUUUAAUCUCAGUCAGGAGUGGAGCAAAGGCCACUAACAACUGGGACUUCGCCAGUCAUCUGGUGUUUGCAAAAUACGACACCUACAUUGCACGAGUGCAACAAGUCAAGCUGCUGUUCGAGAUUGCCAAUGACUUCCAGAGGUUGGAGAAGCUAGAAGCGUGUGGGACCAACGGGAGGGUUCUGAGUGCCCAGAUCGAGAGUGUCUACGAGGACUUCCAGGAGGCAUUCAAGAUAUUCUCAGAGAACAACUCCUACGAUCCUCUCGACACCACUGGAGAGGAGUUUGAGAAAGACUUGGACAAGUUUGACGAACUAAUGGAGGACCUGGACAGUCGGCUAGCGUCCAUUGCGUGUGGAGCAUUCGAGAAUUGCAGCUCCGUCGAAGCUCGUUUCAAGAUGAUCGACAGUUUCGGGAGUCUACUGGAUCGAAAACUGGUUCUGGAAGUGUUCAGUCCACUCUACAUUGAUCUGGUCAAUAUGUACAGCGCUGAGCUAGAUUCAGCGAAGAAGAUCUUUGACGAGAAGAUCAAGAGCAGGAAGCGCAGUAGUCUGCACAAGAGAGAGUCCACUCUGAUGCAGUGCAAGAUCCACAAGAACCUGCCCUUCCUCAGUGGCAGGGUCAAGUGGCUCAAAGAACUGGAGUACAGGGUGAAGAAGCCAUACGAGGAGUUCCUCAACACAACAACCGCGGCUAUGCAAACGGAUGACGCGGAAGACAUGAAGCUAAAAUAUGAAGAAAUGUGUGCACUCAUUGCAAAGAGUGAAGAGCGAGUGUUUGAAACGUGGUGCAAACAAGUGGACAAGAAGGCGGACUUCAACCUGGACAAGACCCUGAUCAACCGAGUGUCCAUGUGGGACAUAGAGUGCAACUUCGACCCAGAACUGCUGGCCAUACUUAGGAAUGUCAAGUUCAUGGACCAGAUGAACCAGAAGGACAUUCUCCCAGCCAAGGCCAAAGAGUUGUUCGAUAAGUUCGACACUUAUCUGAACUACACGCAGAAUCUGGGACUCAUGACUGACUGGUACAAGAAGAUUCUGCAGACUGCGAACAAGUGGGAGUAUGAUUUGAUGGAGGCGGAGUUGGAUGAGAUAGACGACGUGUUGCAGGAGGGCGAGAACACUCUCACUUGGAAACACUCAGAAGAAGUAUGGCCUUACAUAGAGAAGAUCAAAGGAAAAGUGCGGGACUUGGAAUCGAGGCAUCAGAAGGCAAAGGACAAUCUGCUCCAGAUAGAACAGCUCGGAGACACCUGGAAGGUUCCAUUGUUCGACCGCAAGGACGGCAAGAGUGAGAAUUUACUGGACUUGGACAGCAAGGCAGACAGGGUGCAGAAGAGAUAUGCUCAGAUUGAAGUGAAUGGAGAGAGCAUCUUGCAGCUGAUUGAGGACAGUAGAAAGCAGUUUAAUGGGGAUGCGAAGUCGGUGGAGUGGCUGAACUAUCUGGACAUGGUGGACAACACAGUGGCUAUCAAGUUCAAGGACGCAGUCGAAGAGUCCUACAAGUUCCUCAUCGAGAACACCGAUCCAGAUGCAGUUAUCAGUCCGUUAUUUGAAGUGAAACUCUUCGUACCUUCUAAAUCUAAAAUGAACGACACUCAUCAGGACUCGCAGAUACGACAUGGGCUGAUGUACUUCGAACCAUCACUUGAGGUAUUGUGUGUGGACGAGACAUCUCUAGAAGGAUCCUUCGCCCGCCUGAUGUAUGACAUCAUUGAGGAUAUUCUGAACAUGGCUACUCUUCUGAAGAGGAUAUCCCAGACCACAGAUAGUUCCGACUACAGGGAGACUAUGAUGGAUUUCCUGGAAACGGAGCAGCUGCGCAUGGAUUUGAUUGAAAGACUCCCUGCUGGUGUGAAUGAUGCGAAGAAGUGGAGGGAUGAGUUAAUGGGGAAGUACUCGUUCCUCUGGACUCAGGACAUGGAGGAGGUCAUGCAACAGUUCCUCACAUACGCACAGGUAUUUCCCUCACAUCAUCACCACCAUUCCGGACAAGAAGCUGGGGGUCACGAGGACGUCUCAGCCAGCGAGUCAAUCGAGACUCCGAGGGAGAGAGAGCCCGACUUGGACGACUUCAAGGAGAAGAUUGACUUCUACAAUGCGCAGUACCAGUCUCUGACAGAGCUGGAUGCAUCGAUGGUGUUCGAGGGGUGGCUGCGAGUGGAUGCGAAGCCCUUCAGACAAUACGCCCUCACAGCCGCCAGAAAGUGUGCCAACAUGUUCAAGAACCACCUGCUCAAACAUGUGCAGACCAGUCUGGAAGAGUUGGCGUCGAUGAUAGAGGAGGCGGACAAGGGACUGAUUGAGCCGAUCAAAGACUACGACAGUCUGGUGAAUUGCAUGUCGCACCUGAGCAAAAUCAGAGAGAGACACGCCAUGACCGACAGCAUGUUCGGACCCCUCGGAGGCACAGUGGAACUAUUGAAGAGCUACAAAGUCGACAUCACGGAGGAAAUCUACGAACAGCUAGAGAGUCUGCCGGAGAAGUGGGAGAAGACGAAGAAGAUAGCGAUGACUAAGAAGCAGGAGGUGGGACCCCUGCAGGCGGAAGAAGUGACCAAGAUCAGAAAGUCAGUCUCCCAGUUCGACAAGGAACAGCAGGCACUCAUCAAACAGUGGAGGGCAGUGGACGCAUUCAAGUACACUGCACAGCAGCCAUACCAAGACAUAGACGACAUGGUGGAGAAAUUUGAUGAGAAAAGUGAGAAGCUGGUUCGGAUACAGGACUCAGCCAGACUGUUUGAGGUGACUGUGCCGGAGUUCAAGCAACUGAAGAUGUGUGUGCCACACGAAGCCAGACUGCUGAAGAGUGUGUGGGACCACGUGGAACUCAUGCGCUUCCUCAUUGAUGAGUGGACCGCCUCCAAAUGGAUGGAAAUUGAUCUGAACGAGGUGGGACUGAAGGCGAGGGAGUUUGCGACUACUCUGAGGGGCAUGGACAAGCAGGUGAAGGAGUGGGAUGUGUACAAGGGCAUUGAUGAUGCAGUGAAGAACCUGCUCAAGUCUCUUGGGUCAGUGACCGAGCUGAGGUCUCCCUCCAUCAGGGACAGACACUGGAACGAACUGAUGCAGGCAACGGGUGUUCGAAUAAUCAUGAGUGAAGAAACACGACUGAACGAACUAUUGGCUCUCAAUUUGCACAAGUUUGAGGAUGAAGUAAAAACAAUAGUUGACAAAGCAGACAAGGAGGAACAGAUGGGAAAGGCCAUCACGGAGUACCACAAGUUCUGGGACACUUCAGACUUCAACUUCGAGUCCGCUCCCAAUCGCGAGGACGUCCAGAUCCUGAAGACAGACCCGAUACUGAUGGAGACUCUUGAGGACAACCAGGUGCAACUACAGAACAUGAUGCAAUCGCGGUUCGUCGCCCACUUCAAAGGACAGGUAUCGCUUUGGCUGGGAAAAUUGACGACUGCGGACUCAGUCAUUCAAAUGUGGUUCGACGUACAACGACAGUGGUCCAAUUUGGAGAACAUUUUCCUUGGAUCGGAAGAUUUGAGGAAGCGGUUAAAAGAAGAUUCAGAAAGGUUUGACAAGAUAGACAAAGAGUUCAAGGAACUGAUGAUGGAAGCGGCAGAAGAACCCAAUGUGAUCAACUGUACGAAUCAGCGUGGAAGAUACGAACAGCUAGAAGCACUUCUGGAGGGUCUCUCCAAAUGCCAAAAGGCACUGUCCAACUAUCUGGAGACGAAGAGACUGGCCUUUCCCAGGUUCUACUUUGUGGCGCCUGCUGAUUUGUUGGAUAUUUUGUCAAACAGCAACAACCCUAAAAAGGUUUGCAAGCACUUGAGUAAACUGUUCGACAGUCUGGCCAAACUCGAGUUCCGAGAAGACUCAAAGAAGGCCUUCAAGAUGGUUUCCAAAGACUCAGAGGAAAUGAUCAUGGAUGAGGAGUGUGACUGUGUGGGGGAGGUGGAAGACUGGCUGGGAGGGGUGGAGAGGAGGAUGAAGGGCAGUGUGAAGUUGAGCACCAGUGAGGCUGUCAACAUGUACGAGGAGAAGCAGAGAGACCUCUGGAUAUUCGACUUCCCAGCCCAGCCGGCACUCACAACCACCCAGAUAUACUGGACAUCCGAGGUGAACCAGGCCUUCAGUAAGCUAGAAGAAGGUUAUGAGAUGGCAAUGAAAGAGUACAACAAGAAACAGAUAGGCCAGCUGAAGGCACUCAUUGACCUUCUCUUGGACAGCAAACUGCCACACGGAGACAGGGAGAAAAUCAUGACCAUAUGCACCAUAGAUGUCCAUGCUAGGGACAUAGUGGGAAAACUCAUAGCAUCCAAGAUCGAGAGUGCUCUUUCGUUCACAUGGCUGUGUCAGCUGCGACAUAGAUUCGAAUUCGACAACACGACCUGCUAUGCCAACAUAUGUGACGCCCAAUUUGAGUACUGGUACGAGUACCUGGGAAACACUCGCAGACUUGUCAUCACACCACUUACAGACAGGUGCUAUAUAACCUUGACCCAGGCCCUCAACUUGAUACUGGGAGGUGCACCUGCAGGACCCGCGGGAACUGGAAAGACCGAGACCACGAAGGAUCUCGGCAAGGCACUGGGCAUGAUGGUCUAUGUUUACAACUGCUCGGAACAGAUGGACUACAAGUCCAUAGGAAGCAUUUUCAAAGGGUUGGCGUUGACUGGUGCUUGGGGCUGUUUUGACGAAUUCAACCGAAUUUCAGUGGAAGUGCUCUCUGUCGUUGCAACUCAGGUUCGAUCCAUUCUAAAUGCGAUUAAAGACAAGAGGACGAAGUUCAACUACAUGGGAGAAGAGAUAGGCCUGAAGCCUACCAUUGGAAUGUUCAUCACUAUGAACCCUGGAUAUGCUGGAAGGGCUGAGUUGCCAGAGAAUCUAAAGGCUCUGUUCAGACCGUGUGCUAUGGUUGUGCCUGAUUUUGCUCUUAUCGCCGAAAUAAUGUUGGUGGCUGAGGCGUUUUCAGAGGCCAAGUUUCUGGCGCAGAAGUUCAUACGUCUGUACGAAUUAUGCCGUGAGCUUCUGUCCAAACAAGACCACUACGACUGGGGUUUGAGGGCUAUAAAGUCAGUUUUAGUGGUGGCGGGUGCUCUGAGGAGGGCCGACCCAGACCUGCCUGAGGAACAAGUGCUAAUGAGGGCGCUGAGAGAUUUCAACGUGCCCAAGAUCACAACUGAUGACUUGCAGAUAUUCUUAGGAUUGAUCGGAGAUCUGUUCCCCUCGAUCAAUGUGCCUCGAAAGCGUAACAAAGAGUUCGAGGCCCUCAUCAAACGUACUGCCUUGAAGUUGUCGCUGCAACCAGAAGACGCCUUCAUCACUAAGUGUGUGCAGCUGCAGGAGCUGAUCGAUGUGAGACACUCGGUUUUUGUCCUUGGCAAUGCAGGAACUGGAAAGUCACAGGUUCUAAAGACACUGUUCAACACGUACAAACUGAUGUAUGAGAAGAAACCGCAAUGUUGGGACCUGGAUCCAAAAGCAGUGUCCAACAAUGAGCUGUUCGGGUAUGUGGUUCCGGCUACCCAGGAGUGGUCGGAUGGCCAGUUCUCCUGGAUCAUGAGGACUCUGGCUAACAUCGAGGGCAAUGCACCCAAGUGGAUCAUCCUGGACGGGGAUAUUGACCCAAUGUGGAUUGAGUCUCUCAACACUGUUAUGGAUGACAACAAGGUGUUGACUCUGGCGUCCAAUGAGCGCAUCCCUCUGAGUCCCUCGAUGCGUCUGAUGUUCGAGAUAUCCCACCUGAAGACAGCCACUCCUGCCACUGUCUCCAGGGCAGGCAUCCUCUUCAUCAACGCCCUAGAUGUUGGCUGGAAGCCGAUGGUGGACAGCUGGGUAGAGACCAGGGAGAGCCCAGUCGAGAGAGGAUACCUUCCCAUCCUGUUCGACAAGUACGUCAACAUGUGUCUGGAAACACUCAAAGCCCGUGGCUACAAGAAAAUCACACCGAUAACAGACAUAGCCCACGUAGAGAUGCUGAUCAAACUCCUCAGCAGUCUUCUAAAGCAAACGAGGAAUCUACCAGUGGAUCCGCCCAACCCCAAAGACCUCAUUGAGCUGUACUUCGCAUGGGCUUGUGCUUGGGCCUUCGGAGCCCAGUUGACUCACGACCAAAGUAAAGACUACAGAGAAAUAUUCUCCCAGUGGUUUGUAGGGGAGUGCAAACACCUGAAGUUCCCCCAGCAGGGCACGGUGUUUGACUACUUCUUGUACCAGGAGCCAUACCCUGAGCAAAAGGGAAGACAAGAGCCAAAGUUCAACUGGCCAAAAUUCGCUUCAUGGAGUGAGAAAGUUAGGCCGUUUGAGUUGGAUGAAGGCACUCCUGUUCAGGCUAUGCUGGUGCAUACCGUCGAAACAGUGCGUCUUCGUUACUUCAUGGACCUUCUCAUGGACGAGUGUCGCUUCCCAGUUAUGCUUGUGGGGGGAAGUGGGUGUGGAAAGACACUCCUCAUCAAGGACAAACUGGCAGCCUACGAGUCUGAACUGACCAUCUCCGCCAAUGUCCCUUUCAACUUCUACACAACUUCUGAGAUGUUGCAGCGGGUGCUGGAGAAACCCCUGGAGAAGAAAGCGGGCAGGUCUUUUGGUCCUCCGGGCACCAAGAGACUGGUAUACUUUGUGGAUGAUAUGAACAUGCCAGAGGUUCUAAAGACACUGUUCAACACGUACAAACUGAUGUAUGAGAAGAAACCGCAAUGUUGGGACCUGGAUCCAAAAGCAGUGUCCAACAAUGAGCUGUUCGGGUAUGUGGUUCCGGCUACCCAGGAGUGGUCGGAUGGCCAGUUCUCCUGGAUCAUGAGGACUCUGGCUAACAUCGAGGGCAAUGCACCCAAGUGGAUCAUCCUGGACGGGGAUAUUGACCCAAUGUGGAUUGAGUCUCUCAACACUGUUAUGGAUGACAACAAGGUGUUGACUCUGGCGUCCAAUGAGCGCAUCCCUCUGAGUCCCUCGAUGCGUCUGAUGUUCGAGAUAUCCCACCUGAAGACAGCCACUCCUGCCACUGUCUCCAGGGCAGGCAUCCUCUUCAUCAACGCCCUAGAUGUUGGCUGGAAGCCGAUGGUGGACAGCUGGGUAGAGACCAGGGAGAGCCCAGUCGAGAGAGGAUACCUUCCCAUCCUGUUCGACAAGUACGUCAACAUGUGUCUGGAAACACUCAAAGCCCGUGGCUACAAGAAAAUCACACCGAUAACAGACAUAGCCCACGUAGAGAUGCUGAUCAAACUCCUCAGCAGUCUUCUAAAGCAAACGAGGAAUCUACCAGUGGAUCCGCCCAACCCCAAAGACCUCAUUGAGCUGUACUUCGCAUGGGCUUGUGCUUGGGCCUUCGGAGCCCAGUUGACUCACGACCAAAGUAAAGACUACAGAGAAAUAUUCUCCCAGUGGUUUGUAGGGGAGUGCAAACACCUGAAGUUCCCCCAGCAGGGCACGGUGUUUGACUACUUCUUGUACCAGGAGCCAUACCCUGAGCAAAAGGGAAGACAAGAGCCAAAGUUCAACUGGCCAAAAUUCGCUUCAUGGAGUGAGAAAGUUAGGCCGUUUGAGUUGGAUGAAGGCACUCCUGUUCAGGCUAUGCUGGUGCAUACCGUCGAAACAGUGCGUCUUCGUUACUUCAUGGACCUUCUCAUGGACGAGUGUCGCUUCCCAGUUAUGCUUGUGGGGGGAAGUGGGUGUGGAAAGACACUCCUCAUCAAGGACAAACUGGCAGCCUACGAGUCUGAACUGACCAUCUCCGCCAAUGUCCCUUUCAACUUCUACACAACUUCUGAGAUGUUGCAGCGGGUGCUGGAGAAACCCCUGGAGAAGAAAGCGGGCAGGUCUUUUGGUCCUCCGGGCACCAAGAGACUGGUAUACUUUGUGGAUGAUAUGAACAUGCCAGAGGUGGACAAGUACUUCACAGUGCAGCCACACACUAUUCUGAGACAGUGUAUAGACUAUGGCCACUGGUACGACAGACACAAGCCAGGCACCAUCAAGGACAUACACGAAGUGCAGUUCGCAGCUGCCAUGAACCCCACCUCUGGGUCUUUCACUAUCGAUGCCAGACUACAGCGCCACUUUGCGGUGUUUUCGGUGUCGUUUCCGAGUGACGAGGCCUGCACAACUAUUUAUCAGAACAUACUCUCUCAGCACAUGCAGUCCCUCAAUGCUCACGGAAGUAAGUACACGCUAACUAUACAAGCCACCAUUGUGGAGGCGGCGCUCUCUCUUCACUCGAGAGUGAGUCAGACAUUCCUGCCCACAGCUGUCAAGUUCCAUUACAUCUUCAACCUCAGAGAUCUCUCCAACGUAUUCCAGGGUUUCUUGAUGUCCACACUGGAGGCACUGACGGGUAAGAAUGAAAUGAGCAGGAUGUGGGUGCAUGAGAGCAGACGAGUCUACAGAGACAAGCUAGUGGACCUCAAAGACAUGCAACAGUACGACCUGCUAGAAAAGGAAAUCACCAAUAAAGUAUUCGACAUGUUUGAAAAAGAUUUUGUUUUUCUGGACUCUCUGGUGUUCUGCCACUUUGCGGGUGGACUCGGAGACAGCGAGUACUGUCGGGUGAAGCAGUUCGAGACUCUCAAGGCUCUCAUCAAGGAGGCCCUGGACAGCUACAACGACAUGAAUGCAGCCAUGAAUCUGGUCUUGUUCGAAGACGCCAUCUUGCACAUAUGCAGAAUCAACCGUAUCCUGGAGACUUCACGUGGCUACGCCCUCUUAAUUGGAGUGGGCGGGUCUGGCAAACAGAGUCUGGCAAGACUGUCCGCAUUCAUAGCCAACAUUGAAGUGUUCCAGCUGCAGCUGAGAAAGGGAUACGGCACUGCUGAGCUCAAAGCUGAUCUGGCGCUGCUCUACCAGAAAACAGCAAUUAAGAAUAUCUCAACCAUGUUCCUGAUGACAGACGCACAGGUGGGCGACGAGAGGUUCCUGGUGCUGAUCAACGACCUCCUGGCCAGUGGGGAGAUCCCGGAUCUGUUUGCAGACGACGAGAUGGAAGGGAUCCUGUCUGCCAUGAAGAGUUCAGUCAAGGCACAGGGUCUGAUGGAGACGAAGGAGAACUGCUGGAAGACAUUCAUCAGUAAAGUCCAGGCUAACUUGAAGGUAGUUCUCAGCUUCUCCCCUGUCGGUUCGAUCCUCAGAGUCCGCGCCCGUCGCUUCCCCGCCAUCAUCAGCUGCACGUGUAUCGACUGGUUCCACGCUUGGCCAGAAGAGGCUCUACUGAGUGUGAGCAACCGAUUCCUUCAAAAUAUUCCCCAGCUGAGAGACAAACCAGUCACCAGACGUGCAUCAUCUUCAGCAGCUACUGCGAAACACAAGGAAAAAGAAGAAGAAAGUGUUAGCGCUGUAGAUCGUACCAUUGAGAAAGCAAUUGAAGAAGAAAAUGAAGCCGAAAAUAAGCUCAGUCCGAAAUCACCGACUGAAGCCGAUAAGAAAACUGACAGUGGCAAAAACGACGCGGUCGAUGGCGAGAAAGGAGAAAUCGAAAAAGGAGAAAGCAAGGAGGUAGCACCAGAAAAAGAUGAAAACGCGAAGGGCACAGGAGGCGAGAAGAAAGCGUCGUUGGCUGCUGUAUCGCCGACCGCUUUGAGAGCGUCAGUGUCAGAGUUCAUGGCCUAUGCUCAUGAAAGUGUGAAUAUUGUGAGCAGAACUUACUUCGAGAACGAAAAGCGUCACAACUAUACGACUCCGAAGAGUUUUCUGGAGCUGAUCAAGCUGUAUGAGAACUUGUUGAAGGCUAAAUACAAGGAGCUGGAACAAGGGGUGGUCCGACUAUCCAACGGACUAGACAAACUCAAGAGCACCAGCACUCAAGUGGACAUUCUGAAGAUGAAGUUGGCCAAGCAGGAGGUGGAGGUUAAACACAGGAACAUUGCCGCAGAGGAACUCAUCCAGAAGGUGGGCAGUGAGAGUGCCAAAGUGGCAAAAGAGAAGGAGUUAGCUGACGAGGAGGAGCGCAAGGUGGCGGUGAUUAAGGCCUCAGUGGCCAAGAAACAGACCCAGUGUGAACAGGACCUGAAGAAAGCGGAGCCAGCUCUCAUAGCUGCAGAAAAAGCACUCAACACACUCAACAAGACUAAUCUUACUGAACUGAAGACGUUUGGGUCUCCGCCUGCAGACGUGACCAAUGUGACUGCGGCUGUCAUGGUCCUCUACUUCGGGGGUGCAAAAGGUCAAGUGCCCAAGGACAGGUCAUGGAGGGCCGCAAAGGUCAUGAUGGCAAAGGUGGAUGACUUCCUGUCCAAUCUGAAGAACUACGACAAGAAUAGCAUCCAUGACUCGGCCAUGAAGGCCAUGCAGCCAUACCUCAAGGACAAGGCAUUCACCAGGGCCAACAUAGAGAAGAAGAGUCUGGCUGCGGGCGGGCUGUGCGACUGGGUCAUCAAUAUAUGCAGGUACAACGAGGUGUACCGAGACGUGAAGCCGAAGCGAGAUGCUCUGGUGGCCGCAAACAAGGAGUUGGCAGCCGCACGGGAGAAGCUAAACACCCUCACAGGCCUGAUCAAGGCGCUGGACAAGAACUUGGCGGAUCUGGGGAAGCAGUACGAGGCUGUGAGUAGUGAAAAGCAGAGAUGUCAGAAGGAGGCAGACCUCACUGCACACACUGUCCAGCUGGCCAACAGACUCAUCUCUGGACUCGAGAGCGAAAGUGUCCGCUGGAAGAACAUGUUGGAGAAGUAUGACGUCAUGCGGACCACUCUGAUCGGGGAUGUGCUGAUGACGUCAGCAUGUGUGUCCUACUUGGGCUGCUUCUCCAGGAAGUACAGGGAACAGUUGGUCUACGAGAAGUGGCCAUUCAAACUGAAACAGUUUCCAGACGAGGCCAAGAUCCACACAACUGAAGGACAAGAUCCCUUUUCCCUCCUCACUGAUGGAGCCCAGAUGGCCCAAUGGGAGAACGAAGGACUCCCAGGUGACAAGAUGUCGUACCAGAAUGCGUCGAUAGUGACCAACUGUGAGCGAUGGCCCCUCAUGAUUGACCCCCAACUGCAGGGCAUCAAGUGGAUCAAGAAGAAGUACGAGAAGAACACCGACAACUUCACCGUCAUCCGAUUCGACCAGAAGGGAUAUUUGGACGUGUUGGAGCAGUGCGUUUGUGAUGGUCAUGUGGUUUUGAUAGAGAAUAUAGACGAGGAUAUAGACCCGAUCCUGGAUCCCAUCAUUGGCAGAAACACCAUCCGCAAAAACACCGCCAUCAAAAUAGGCGACAAGGAGAUAGCAUACAACCCGAACUUCAAGUUGAUUCUGCAGACGAAGUUGUCCAAUCCGCACUACAAGCCGGAACUGCAGGCGCAGACAACUCUGAUUAAUUUCACCGUCACCCAGGACGGACUGGAAGACCAGCUGUUGGAGGCAGUUGUCAGCAAGGAGAGGCCAGACCUCGAACAGAGCAGGCUGGAACUGACGCAGCAGAAGAACGAAUAUGUGAUCACCCUGAAGAGACUGGAGGAUAAUUUGCUGGCGAGACUGUCUGCUGCCACUGGAAACUUCCUGGACGACACUGAGUUGGUGGAGAAUUUGGAGAGCACCCGGAGCACCGCCCAGGAGAUAGAGGAGAAGCAGAAACUGGCACAGGAAACUGAGAUUGAGAUCAGCAGUGCUCGUGAGAACUACAGGCCAGCCGCCGCGAGAGCAGCACUGCUCUAUUUCAUCCUGAACGACCUGCACAAGAUCAACCCCAUGUACCAGUUCAGCCUCAAGGCAUUCACCAUCGUCUUCAUCCGCGCCAUAGACACCACGCCAGCUGUCACAAAGGCCGAGGAAGCGGAGGAUGAAGAUGACGAUGAAGGGGAGCAGGGAGGCAAUAAAGGAGGGGCGCAGGGGGGAGGAAAGGGAGGAGGGGGAGGGGCAGGUGGUGGGGAGAUGGAGUUGUUGAAAGAGCGAGUGGAGAACUUGACGGAUGCCAUCACUUACCACACCAUCAUUUACACCACGAGAGCCCUGUUUGAGAAAGACAAGUUCAUCUUCAAGACGCUGGUGGCGUUCAAAGUGUUGCAACAUGCAGGCGACAUCAUACAGAAUGAGAUGGACUUUCUCCUCAAGUGUCCAGGGUCCAAAGACAGCAAGAGUCCAGUGGACUUCCUCACUGACAUCCAGUGGGGCACCUUGAAGACGCUGUCGCAGAUGUCGUCGGAGUUCACUGGCCUGGACAAGGACAUCGAAGGGAGUGGGAAGAGGUGGAAGAAGUUCGUGGAGAGUGAGGCGAUAGAGCAGGAGAAGUUCCCCACCGAGUGGAAGAACAAGUCACUCAUGCAGAGACUCUGUAUCAUCCGAGUGCUCAGACCAGACCGCAUGAUAUACGCCAUAGAGAUCUUCAUCUGUGAGAAACUUGGGGAGAAGUACCGGGAGAACAGACAGGUGCCCUUCAAGGAGUCCCUGGCAGAAUCAUCUCCAGCCACACCCAUAUUCUUCAUCCUAUCUCCCGGUGUGGACCCCUUGGUGGAUGUGGAGGCAGCUGGUCGUAAAAUGGGCUUCACUGGCAACAGGGGCAACUUUCACUCCAUCUCCCUCGGACAGGGUCAGGACCUUCUGGCUGAAAAUGCACUCAGAACAGCCGCUGCUAAAGGCCACUGGGUGGUUUUGCAGAAUGUACAUCUAGUGGCUGGCUGGUUGCCUAAACUGGAAAAGAUGUUGAACCAGCUGAAAACUGGCGACGCUUCCCACCCACCGCACCAGGACUACCGCGUGUUUAUUUCGGCCGAGCCCCCUCCUUCCGUCGAGUACCAUAUCAUUCCCCAGGGUUUGCUGGAGGACAGUGUGAAAAUCACGAAUGAGCCCCCCACCAAAGUCAGCGCCAACAUCCACAAGGCACUGGACAAUUUCUCACAGGAGACGCUGGAGAAUUGUUCGAAGGAGUCGGAGUUUAAAAGCAUCCUGUUCUCUCUGUGUUAUUUCCACGCAGUCGUCAAUGAGAGGAAGAAGUUUGGGAGUAUAGGCUGGAACAGGAACUACCCCUUCAGCACUGGCGACCUCACCAUCUGUGCCAUGAUACUGCACAACUACCUGGAGGCCAAUCAGAAGGUGCCCUGGGAAGAUCUCAGAUAUCUGUUUGGAGAGAUCAUGUACGGUGGCCACAUCACAGACGACUGGGACAGAAGACUGUGCAAGACCUACUUGGAGGAGUACAUGGGCCCAGAACAGUUGGAUGGUGAUCUGAAUCUAGCCCCUGGAUUCGCAGUGCCAGGCAACAUGGACUAUGAGGCCUAUCACAACUACAUUGACGACUCCCUUCCCCAGGAGAGUCCGGCGCUGUAUGGUCUGCACUUGAAUGCGGAGAUUGGGUUCCUGACGAGUGCUGCCAACAGUUUGUUCGGUCUGGUAUUAGAACUGCAGCCCAGAGACACUUCUGGCGGCAGCUCCUCCUCCGCUAGCAUGGACGGGCCACAGUCCAGAGAGGACAUUGUGUUCCGCACCGUGGACGAAAUGCAGGAGCGGAUGCCAGAGGGCUUCAAGAUGGGGGAGUUGAUGUCGAGGGAUAGCAGUCAGAGGAGUCCCUAUGAGGUCGUCUGUCUCCAGGAGUGCGACAGGAUGAACGAAUUGGUGGGGGAGAUACAGAGAUCCAUCAAGGAACUCCUCCUAGGACUCAAGGGUGAGCUGACUAUUUCUUCUGCUAUGGAAGACCUGAUGAACAGUCUGUUCCUGGACAAGGUGCCCGACACCUGGCAGAGGUAUCCCUCCAGUCUGGGACUGGGUGCCUGGUUCAGUGACCUCCUCCUCAGAUCGAGGGAACUGGAGAUGUGGGCUGUGGACUUCACUCUGCCCAGCAGUGUGUGGUUGGGAGGUCUGUUCAACCCUCAGUCUUUUCUGACAGCCAUCAUGCAGCAGACGGCGAGGAAGAACGAGUGGCCCCUGGACAAGAUGGAGCUGAACUGUGACGUCACCAAGAAGAACAAGGAGGACUUCUCCUCCCCACCCAGAGAGGGGUCGUAUGUGAAUGGAGUGGUGAUGGAGGGUGCUAGAUGGGACACCCAGCUAGGAUGUAUAUCUGAGUCUAAGAUCAAACAACUCACACCACCCAUGCCAGUCAUGUAUCUCAAGGCUGUGCUGGUGGACAAGCGGGACCUGAAGGGCACUUACGGGUGCCCCGUCUACAAGACUAAACAGAGGGGUGUGCUCACUUAUGUAUGGACAUUCCACCUCAAGAUCAAAGACCACCGCGCCAAGUGGAUACUUCGCGGCACUUCCUUGCUCCUCAAUCCCUGA